CAUGCAGUCUAUGCCAAGAGCUAUCAAAUAAUAGCUAUGUAUAAAGUAAAAGGCAUCUAGUAACUGUAUAUUGCAGUUUAAUUCAUUACAAACCUAGUUUCGAUUCAUAGCAAUACUACUUAAAUUAAACUCAUUUAGCGUGUUCUAAAGCUAAUCAUUGCUAACCAAAAUAUAACUGUUCAGUUUUUGCAACCGAGUUCCGUUAUAUACCUCGCAGUAUGUCAAACUCUGGUUUAACUUCAGAAGCACAGCUACGAUACAUUCUAGAAUGGUUCAGAGAAUUCAGUGAACUGCAGAGAGAAGAUUUUCUUCCCAUCCUAGCUGCUGCUCAUCUAGAUAAAGCUGAACAGUUAGCUGCGUCUGUAGCCUCACUGUCAUGUGAAGACAAGCCAGUUAGUCUGUUUCAAUGUCGGAUCAAACUUUUCAACAGCUGGUUCCCAAAUUGGUCUGAUGAAGAGAAAGAUAGACUUGUUAGAGCUGUAUCAGAAAUAGAUUCUGAUUUUGGCACCAAAUUGCAAGAAACAAUGGCUAAUGGCUUCCAACUGAAUGGUGAUACGGAAGAGAAAUUUUUUCAAACUACUGCACCUGAAGCUGAGGAAAAAAUCAUUGAAAACGAACAAUCGGAAAUAAAGAUCGCUUCAGAAACUGUCAAUGUUGAGAUCGCAGCGGCGUCUUAAAAUGCACAAACACAUAUUUAACUUUAUUUUUCCAUAUUUACCACGCUAGGACAUGUGUGGAAAUUUUUUUUUAUGUACCUAAUAUUUUGUAAACAUUUCCUGGUACAAUGUACCUGAUUUAUAUCUUUUUUCUAUUAUCAUAAGGUAUUUUAGAUAUUAAUGAGAUGAUUUAUUUUAAACAUUCCAUAUUUACAUUUCAAGAGCUAUAAGUAUGAAUCUCACAUUAUUUUGGCUCUGUUUAGAAGCUAAAACUUUAUUAUAAUUUAUAUAAUGUGUCUAAAAAUAUAUAUAUAUAUAUAUUUAUUGAAACAAAUCGCAUGCAUCAGAUUUUUUAUGGUUUUUUUUAUACAAAUAUCAAAAUAAAAGUGAUUGAAAAUUUUUCUUUACAGAUGCUAAUGAAUCCUAAAGAGGUUAUUAAAUUACUUUGAUACUAUUUUUUUAUGGUUAAUCAGUAAAAUGGUGUUAAUAUAAAACUUAUUCGAAAAUCUUUAGACAUUAUUGUGUCAGCCUCAACAAAAUCUAUGUUUGGAACUAUUAACUCAUAUAUAUACUAACUGGAAUGUAAUGUUUAUAGUAUAUUAAAUUGUAUUUAUACAUUUUUUAUAUUAGGAACUCCAUUCAUAUCCUACCUUAUAAUAAACAAACAUUACUCAUACUAAAUUAUAAUCUCAAACUAUCUCUCAUAUCUCCAAAGAUGGCAAUUUUAUAAGUACAAAUAUAUAUUGUGCCAAGAUAUUUUAUUCCUCCUGUAGAUCGUUAGUGAACUAUCAAUUUAAAUUAUUACAUAGGAGUGAUAGAAAGGUGCUGGCGUUGAAAGUUGUGAAUUAAAAUGUAUGGGAAAGUGUCAUGAAAAUUAGAUUCACUUAAUAAAGAUUACUAUUAAA